CAGUCGCCAUAAUUCGUCCCGCUAUCUGUAGCGAUUCUUGCUUAUAAGGGUCAUUUUAAGGCGUAUUGUUGUCCAUUGGACCCAAAUACAAAAAUGAACUUGGAUGAAGAGAUUUGUCGGGUUUGUCGGUGUGAAGGAACCGAAGAUUCACCAUUAUUUCAUCCUUGUAAAUGCACAGGAAGUAUUCGUUAUGUUCAUCAAGAAUGUCUGGUGGAAUGGUUAGCUCACAGUAAAAAGAAACAUUGCGAGCUUUGUAAAUCCCAAUUUAGAUUUACCAAAAUUUACUCGGAUACAAUGCCCCAAUCCAUUCCCUUUUUUGUGCUUUGUAAGAAGGUUGUUGUGACUAUGAAAAGGAAGUUGCUUUUUAUUUCUAGGGUUUUAUUGGCAUUGUUUUGUUGGACCAUUUUACUUCCUUUAAUAUUACAAUAUGUUUGGAGUUUAAAUUUGAAGCUAGGAGAUGCUUAUACCUUUGCAUCCGCAAGUGGCACUGCAAUCCAUGGUCAAAGAACUCCUGGUUACUUUGAAUCCAUUUCUUCGAUUACAUCUAUACCUCGAUUGAAUAUGUUAAUUGCAAGUACAGCUCAGGGACAGGUUCUAACAUUCGCUGUGACAUUUGUCUUAAUUACUGCGUUUCUUGUUCGUGAAUGGGUUUUGCAGAAUGCAGUUCAUGUGGUUGAUGAGCUUCAAGGACAACAGUUUAAUAACCUUGAUGAGAACAACCAAGCUGCUGCGCAAAACAUGCGUGAAGUUCAAGAAGCUCGCCAAAGGCUUGCUGUUGUAAUGGAUCAUUUGCGUGAGCGUCAACUUCAACGUAAUGAAGAGCUACAACGCAAUGGUAGAAUUGAAGAACUUGAUCGUGCUCGUCGUCGCUUUGCUUUGCUUGAAAAUAAUAUUCGCGAUGCUGCUAAUUCCAUGGUUAAUGUUCCUGCUAGGAAUACCGAUGACGAUCUAAUGGAUAACGAUCAGUUUCCAAGAGUGAACCCGUUUGCACCUCAAAGGCCUCUUGAUGGAAUCGAUAAUAUGGGCUAUAAUCGUAUUCAGCCCAUUCCCGGAUCUGGCCCUCAUUCUCACGCAUCCUCUACAAAUUUAAAUGAGUCAGAUAACAUCAAUAAUCUAAAUCAACCUGCUGCUGAUUCCUCAACGAACUCCCCAACUUCUUCAGAUUCUGAAAACGAAGAUAACCAUGCACCUGAAUCUCCUGAGAGAGUCGGCGAAGCUCGAGAAGAACCACAAGUUAUUGGCAAUAUCCGUGACAUUGAAAAUCGUGCUGUGAGGAAUGCUGUUAUGGAAGCACAAAAUGAAGUUGUAGCAGAUGAGGACGUUAAUGCUGCUGCACGUGCUGCUCAAAUUGCACAUGCUGAUGAUGCCGAUGACUUUGAUGGGAUAUUUGAGUUCCUUGGUCUCCGCGGUCCAAUUUUAGGAUUUUUGCAAAAUUGCUUUGUGAUCGCUUUCGUUGUAUCCAUGUUUUUGACCGUUGUUGUUGGCGUGCCUUAUGUGACUGGAAGAAUUUUCGUGGAAUGGACAAUUUUCUUCGUUCAACGUCCUACAGUUGUUUUAGCGUUUUGCUGGGUUAUAUUACGGACGGUUUCGGAUUGGACGCUUGGAGGCCUCUUUAACCUGUCAAAGUUGCUUUUCAAACUUCCCGGGGUAUCUACGUUUGGAAAUUCUGUUGGUGUAUCAAGUUUAUUCAGUAUGUCUUACGAUCAAGUAUUCCAAAUUUGCACAGCCUUCUUUCAAGAUAAAGUCUACCCUUCUUUAAGUGAUGGCAAUGGUAUUCUUGCACAGCGGAUAAGUAUGUUGCAAAACCAAUUUAUAGAAACAUUUUCCUUAUUCCCUGUCUUUCGUGUUUCUCAUAUGUUUGCCAAAUUAUUGAAGGACUUCGUUCAAAACUACUCUACACGACCUGUUGAUCGCAUCUUCACAUUGAUGGUCGGAUACAGUUUGUUUUCUUCCCUUGGAAUAUCGUACUUGAACAGGAAACAAUUUCUAUUUAAGGAUCCUCAAAUUCGAAACGUCGAGCUUGCAUUUCGCGAAGGUCUACGUCAAUGCGGUUCUAUAGUAAAAUUUAGCAUCAUAUUUUCUAUCGAAUUAGUUACUUUUCCUAUAUUUUGUGGUAUUUUGUUAAAUCUUUGCUUGAUUGGAACCUUUCAAAACAUGACUUUAGAAACUCUCUUUUAUGUUAUGUCGGACCAUCCAUUCCCUGGAACCUUCUUUGCAUGGUUUAUUGGUAUAACCUUUAUGUUUGAGUUCGCCGUGUUUAUAUCAAUGAUUCGAAAAAUUGUUCGCCCUGGAGUUCUCUUCUUCUUGAGAGACCCCAAUGAUCCACAAUUUCACCCAAUUCGAGAAAUAUUGGAGAAACCCAUGCUUCUUCAGUUAAAGAAAAUUGGAUUUAGUGCAAUCCUUUACUUCAGUUUCAUACUGGGAUGUGUCGGUAGCGUUAUCCACAUUCUGAAGAUGACGGGUAUGGUGUUUCCGUUAAAAUUUACAACCAAACCCGUUGUUUUUGAGGCACCCAUUGAUUUGUUGGCUUUACAGGUUUUAAUACAUGUCAGUAUUAAGCUUUUCAAGCCAAUGGACUUAACGCGUUUUCUUUGGCGCUCACUGAUAAGUAUUCUGUGUAGAGGUUUACGAUUAUCGUCCUAUGUAAUGGGUAAACGAUACAGGGAUGAAGAGGGAUAUUAUCCCGGGAAGAAACUAUCAAUAUUAGGAAGAUUGUUCAGUAAACCACAGGUAGUUGAUGGUGAGUCCGAUUCUGAUGAUCAGAAGAGCAAAGAGAAGGAUAUGAAAGACCAAUUAAUAUUUGAUGGAUGUUUUCUAAGAUGCCCAUCGAAAGAUGUCGUUCCCGUUCGUCCAGGUGCUAUGUUAAUCCCUAUAACGGAGGAUGGUUAUCAACUUCCUGAGAAAAAGGAAAAGGUUGAAGAAAGCUCAGAAUAUACGACUGCGUAUGCACCACCAUACUUUUAUAAACGAUUAAUUGCUUUGCUUUUUUUCUGUUGGUUAGUAUCAAUUAUAACGACUGUAUCCUUGGUAUUUUUCCCCUUAUCGCUCGGACGUGUCUUAUAUAAGACAAUUUUUCCCGCUGCUUUCGAACAUGACUUGUAUACAUACAUCAUUGGUUUUUGCUCUCUGGUUUUCCCUAUCUAUUCAAUCUAUUUCCUUACUAGUCACACGGACAGUAUUAAACGAUUCAGUCAAAACGCGAGAAUAGAAAACGUAAAGCGUGGUUUGAUCAGCUAUGUUAAAUUGGGAACACUGUAUUUUUUCGCUAUUAUCGUUCUUCCUAUCUUGACUGGUGCAGUUUGGGAAUUGUAUGUCUUUAUACCAUUUAGAUCGCUGUUUAAUAAAGGCUCUUUAACUGUGGAUGCAUUGCAAAGCUGGAUUAUAGGAUUAUUCGUGGUUCGUAUCCUGUAUUGCAUAGCAUCCUCUAAUGAAGACCGGGCUUUAACUAGAGCUCUAAGAGAAGUCCGACGUGAUGUAAACGGUGGUCCCCAUAUUCAUGAACUGAUGACUGCGUACAUAUUACCCUUUACUGGUGGAUUAAUGUUGGCGGUUACUUUCCCAAGUUUGCUUACUUACUUGACGUAUCCUUUCUUGUCUUCAGUCCUUCCUAUGUUUUCGAAGACGGACUUUUAUCGUAUGAUGCAUCCAAUGUUUUUAGGAUUUGCUGUUUUAGCAGUAAUCUGCCGCCGUUUGGCAGAACUGAGCAGUAAAUGGUCCCAGGGCAUCCGUGAUGAUCUUUAUAUGGUAGGAUCAAGGCUGCAUAAUUAUGAUGAACAUGAUCCUUCGAGAGAAGUUGUUUCAGAGGAAUGAAAAAUCAAUAAAAAAAUAAAAAAUGGACGAUUUUUAGUUCUUUGCUCUCUAAAAUUAAGAGAGUGGAGUAGAGAAUAAGGAAACAAGGAAUCAGAUGUUUGAAAAUGUACAUUAAUAUUUAGUAUUAUGAUAGCUCUAUAAAAACUCCCUUUGAUAAUUUAUAGAAAGUGUGAUAAUUUUUUUCCUUUGUAUCUAGAUUAAUUUG